AUGGCGGCAGUUCUCGAGUUCUGCUCACUUCCUUUCAAGAUCUCUGAUGCCCCCAUCGCGAAUGAAGAGACCAGCAUCUAUGUCAGAUGCCACGAUCGAUUGUUCUCAAACGUCACCGUUGUGGAUGAGAAUGGCCAAGAGCUCUUCGUUGGAGGAGGACCUGGUCCAAUGAAGUCUUGGUCAUGGCGUCGACAGGUGAAAGACACUUCGGGUGUGCCGAUCUUCGACCUCCGACAUCACGGGUCGGCAAUGAAGAACCUCUGGACGGUGGAAAGUCCAGAUGGUCAGCGUAUAGCGGAGCUGAAACAUGUCUCUUCUGGGCGCCGAUCAGAUCUUGAUAUGGUCGUUCCCACCGGAAAAGACAAGGAAGACGACGUGGUGCUGCAGGUUCGGCAGAAGGACCAGAGUGCAAUUACGACUAGGGUGUUCUCCAAAGACGUCUGUAUCGCCGAACUGCUGUUGCAGGAGUCAAACGAUAUCUCCAAUCUCAGUCAAGUUGACAGAAGCUCUUGGAAGGUUCGGAUUGCCGGGGGUGUAGAUCCAGCAGUGGUAAGCCAUCUAUCGAUCUUGGAUAUCGGUUGA